AAGUCUUAGGUAACCUCUGUUUCGAGGUGGCCUCUUGCACAAUCAGGAGCGCACGCGGCCUCGGAGACCCGCGCCCGCCCGCAGCUCGGCCCAGUGCACGCCGGUCCCGCGCCGCCGCCGCCGCAGACAACGACGAAGAAGAGCGCCAAUCUUGGGCUCAGUAAGAGUAAGCUCCGCUCGCGGCCGCGCGGUUCUGCCCCACAGCGCGGCGGCCGUUCGCCUAGCGCUCCGCCCAUGCUCUCGGCGAGUAACAGGGUUCUCCAGCUGUUCCACAGCCUUUUUCCUGCCCCAAGAAUGAGCGAUUCUACUUCUAAGAUCGUCAGCCCUCAGGAGGCCUUGCCUGGCCGGAAAGAGCCGAUACCAGUAGCGGCCAAACAUCAUGUCAAUGGCAACAGAACAGUUGAACCUUUCCCAGAGGGAACACAGAUGGCUCUAUUUGGAAUGGGCUGUUUUUGGGGGGCUGAAAGGAAGUUCUGGAUCCUGAAAGGAGUAUAUUCUACUCAAGUUGGUUUUGCAGGAGGCUAUACUUCCAAUCCAACUUAUCAAGAAGUCUGUUCAGGCAAAACCGGCCAUGCAGAAGUAGUCCGAGUUGUGUACCAGCCAGAAUGCAUCAGCUUUGAGGAACUGCUCAAGGUCUUCUGGGAGAAUCAUGACCCGACACAAGGCAUGCGCCAAGGCAACGAACAUGGCACUCAGUACCGUUCAGCCAUCUAUCCUACCUCCUCCAAGCAAAUGGAGGUGGCCUUGAGGUCCAAAGAGGACUACCAGAAGGUUGGUUGGAUGGUUCUGAUUUCACCUAAACUCAUUCAUGAGACUACAUUCAGUUGGUUCUCUCCCAGAAUGGUUAUGGCACAAUCACCACCGACAUCCGAGAGGCGCAGACCUUCUACUAUGCAGAAGACUACCACCAGCAGUACCUAAGCAAGAACUCUGAUGGGUACUGUGGGCUCGGUGGCACAGGAGUUUCCUGUCCAAUUGGUGUGAAAAAAUAAUUUCUCCCCACAUGGUCGGGCCUUAAGAGUGUGCAAAAAUGCAUUCAACAAAUUGGGUAAUUCUUUUAUGGUUCAUAUCAGUGGCAUUUUGAAGUGUACAAAGCACAAGGCAUUUUUUAAAGUCUGGGGGUUUUUAAGAUAUAAUUUAUAUACAGUAAAUUAAUCUUUUUAAAAGUAUAUGGUUGUAUUAAUUUUGACAAAUGCAGAUGGUUGAGUAACCACCACCACAAUCAAGACGUAGAAUUUUUCCAUCACCCUGAAAAGUGCUCUUGUGUUCCUUUAUAGUCAAUCCCCUUACCCUAUCCCCAGCCCCUGACAACCACUGAUCUGUUCUUUAUUCCAAUAGUUUUGUCUUUUCCAGAAGUUCAUAUAAAUGGAAUCAUACAGUUAUAUAGCUAUUUGAGGCAGACUUUAUCACUGAACAUAAUGCAUUUGAGAUUCAUGUUGCUGCAUGUAUCAAUAGUUUGUUCUUUUAUAUUCUUUUUGCAAAUAGCAUUCUGUCAUGUGUCUGUACCACAGUUAAUUUAUCCACUCACCUGAUAGAGGACAUUGAGGUUGUUAUCAGUUUUUAGCAAUUAUGAUUAAAACCGUUAUAAACAUUUGUGUACUGGCUUUGUGUGGACAUGUGUUACCAUGCAACAGCAUUUUGAUAAAAAUGUGAAUGCAUCUGCUAAUGAAUUAUAAUGAGAAAGUGCUGGGAGAUUUGUGGGUUAUUUGCAGUCUGAAUGAAGAUAAUGCAUAUGCUGUGUUCUCCCUGCUGAAACUCUGGAGCCUACCAUUGAAGCUAAGUGGUUAAACUAGGUGGGAUUGUGGGCAACGUUGGGAAUUCUCUACCUAUGUCCUACUCCACCUCAUAUACACACAUGUCCUCUAGUUGCUAAAAGUUUGCAAUCACGUGUAUCUGCAAUAAACUGUUCAGUGAAGCUCUUUGUUCUACCUACCCCAAAUAUAUAUUAUUUCCAAAACACAGAGGUAAGGAGGACCCCCUUGGCAGAGAAGAGAUAUGAGGUAGGCUGAUGAAUUCUAAUGCUUUGCUUACAGCUAUAAGAAGUAUAGUAAAUGCUUGUUCUAAUAAAACUAGUCCCACAAUAAUACAAACUGCCUGAUAUUUCUUCCGUCUUUCACUUAUUCUGAUGGGAUGUUUCCAAGAGUUUUUAAGAUAAAAUUUAAAGCCUCAAAACAGCUGGAGGAAGAAAAAGCCACAGAGUCAUUUUCUCUAAAAUGGAGAUCCAAUUAUAUAUAAAAGUUUGGAAAAUGUUUACACCUACAUCUCCUUGCAGUCUUUGGUGAUAACCGUUGUUCUCCAUACAUUUGUCACAUCCAUAAUUAUUUCUAGUGAGAAUUAUUCAGUGACAGCAUCA